AUGGGCAGCGUUCUUCUUGACAGCUACAAGCAAUGGGCUGACGGCAUGGACGUCAUGAUCUUGGACUGGAUCGACCCCACCCUGGGAUACCGUCAGUCACCCAUGCAGGACUAUUUCUUGGCUGACUUUAGCACGGCAUUCGCAUUUUGCGUUGGCUAUCUUGUUUUUGUCGUGGUUGGCACGCUGGUUAUGAAGUCAGGCAUGCCAGCGCUCAACACAGCGCCACUCCAGUUCAUCUACAAUCCCAUUCAAAUUGUGUUGUGCUCGUACAUGACUGUUGAGGCCAUCCUACAAGCCCGUCGCAACGCACGUACACCAUUCAGGGAAUACUCAAUCACGCCGUGCAAUGACUUUAACCACACAAACCCUGUUAUGGGUAAUCUUGUGUACAUCUUUUACCUGUCCAAGGUGCUGGACUUUUGCGACACAUUCUUUAUUGUCAUGGGCAAGAAGUGGAAGCAGCUUUCGGUGCUUCACGUGUACCACCAUAUUACCGUCUUCAUUUGCUUAUGGAGCAAUUUCCGUACGUCUUAUGACGGUGAUCUCUACAUGACCAUUGUACUCAAUGGUGCCGUGCAUGCCAUCAUGUACAUGUACUAUUUUGUGAGCUCACACACGCGCAACAUCUGGUGGAAGCCGUAUUUGACGAUGGUUCAAAUGAUCCAGUUUAUUCUCAUGAAUAUGCAAGGUUACCUCAUGGUCUCGCGCUCGUGUCCGGAAACGUUUCGAUUGGAUGAGCUUGUCCAUCGACCACAUCUCACAUCGCAUUUCCUCCAGACAAUGCCACUACCACUUCCUACAUCUGCUCUACAACAUCUAGAUAAGCUUACUGAAAAGUAUGGUACACCACUGCAGCUCUAUGAUGAAAAGAUGAUUCGUGAUAAUGCACGUCAUUUACUUGCCGCUUUUCGCACGUAUUUUCCAGACUUCCAGCAAUUUUACGCGGUCAAGGCGCUACCUAAUCCAGCCAUUAUUAAGCUUUUACAUCAAGAAGGAUGUGGUAUGGAUUGUAGCUCUUCGGCUGAAUUGCACAUUGUUAAGGAGCUAGGAGUGCCUAGUGAUCAGGUUGUCUUCACCUCUAACUUUACAGCGCAAAAGGAUCUGGCCAUGGCAUUUGAUCAGGGCGUUAUUAUAAAUUUAGACGACAUGUCGCUUGUUGAUAGUCUCGUAGCCGUGCGUAACAAAAGCCCAAACCUUAUCAGCUUUCGUCUUAAUCCGGGCCUCGGCCGCACUGACUCAGAGACCAAGUCCAACGUGCUGGGUGGACCUGACGCCAAAUUUGGUGUCCCUCCGUUUCAGAUCGUUGAAGCCUACCGUAGGGCCAAACAUGCUGGUGCCAAGCGCUUUGGCAUUCAUAUGAUGACUGGUUCGUGCGUGAUGAACCAGGACUAUUGGCGUGAAACGGUUACGGUGCUCUUCAGUACCAUUGUACUCCUUAAGAAGGAGCUCGGUAUUGAGUUCGAGUUUAUGAACAUUGGCGGAGGUCUUGGUAUCCCGUACCACAAAGAAGACGACACUGUAGAUAUCAAGGCCAUCGCCAAAAUGCUGCGUGAGGUUUUUGACGUGGCCAUGGAAAAACACGGACUCAAGAAGCUCCCGCGUCUCUGUAUGGAAAACGGACGCUUCAUGACAGGUCCAUUCGGCUGGCUCGUCACGCGCUGCGAGGCCAUCAAGGAGACGUACGGCCGCUACUAUGGCGUCGACGCCUGCAUGGCGCACCUUAUGCGCCCAGGCAUGUACGGUGCCUACCACGAGAUCUCGAUACCAGGACGUGAGAACGAGGAGGUGUUGUCGUCGCACGUUGUUGGCACGCUGUGCGAAAAUAAUGACUGGUUUGCGAAAGACCGCCCACUGCCGAAAGCAAGAGUGGGUGACCUGUUUGUAAUUCACGACACGGGCGCGCACUCCCACUCGAUGGGAUUCCAGUACAAUGGCAAGCUUCGCGCCCCUGAAGUGCUUCUUCGCGCGAACGGCAGCGAGUCGCUCAUUCGUGAACGCGAAACGUACGAGUCCCUUUAUGGCAACUGCGUGAUGCCUGCGGACCUGUAA